AUGAAGCCAAAUCACAACGAUCUGUCUGAGGACAAGGUACAACAAGUUGAGACAGUCCCAGGAACGGAGAUUCUCUUCGACUCUGAGGGACCGGCGUCCCAUUUAUAUGGGCAUCUGCAACAUAUCGAACGCAACGGCCAGCGUAUCUUGUUGACCCCCCAACCUUCCCAAUCUGAUCCGAAUGAUCCUCUAUCAUGGUCUCCCCUGAAAAAGGGCAUCGUCUUUGCCAAUGCUUGUGUUUACAGCUUCCUUGGUGGGGUCUCAGGUCCCAUUAUUGCAGCCGGUGUCCUCCAGCUGACAGAACAAUUUGAUGCAUCCUUCCAAAAGGUCAACAUUGCCGUGGCAGCGAAUGUUAUUUGCACCGGAGUGGGCUGUUUUUACUGGAUGCCUUUCUUUGCUAAAUAUGGUCGCCGCCCCACGUAUCUCAUCACCACGGUAGUGAUGAUUGCGUGUCUGAUCUGGCAGGGUUUUGCUACCCGACAAAGCUACAUAUCAUUCCUGGUGGCCAGAAUCGUUAUGGGACUGGGUCAAUCACCAAUUUACUCCAUUGCACCCACCACCAUCGCAGACAUCUACUUUGUCCAUCAUCAAGGGGCAAAGAUUGCAUUUUACGGAUUUUCUGUUCUACUGGCUGCUCAGAUCGGCCCUAUGUUAUCCUCAUUCAUCAUCCAGAGCCUGGGACCAGCAUGGUCCUUUUGGAUCCUCGCAAUGUGCUUGGGUGCGAAUCUGAUCACCCUCAUCUUCACGAUGCCGGAGACUAUGUAUUUCGGCGAUCGUGCUACAAUCGCACCAGUGGAGACCAAAUCCUCCUCGGAGCAUUUGGAAAAUGUGGGCCAUGUACAGACAGUGGAGAAAGUAUCUUAUAUGAGUGAAUUAUCUGUAUGGCCCGGUAGCAAUCCGUCCAUCGACAUUCGUGGCAUGGUUUACAAGUCAUUCUUGUAUUGCUUGAACCCAAUUGUCAUCUGGGCUAGUCUGGUGUACGGAAUGUCGUUUAUCAGUCUCACUACAUUGGCUGCCACAGCUGCGCAGAUUUUCGGUCUCUCGCCAUACAAUUUCACUUCGAUUGAUCAGGGCCUUGUUUUCCUCUCUCCCUUUGUCGGCUCCUUGACUGCAACCUUCUUCUGCAGCUACGUGGUUGACAAGAUCGUGAACUAUUCCGCCCGACGGAACGGUGGCGUCCGGGAACCCGAAAUGCGUCUGUUCUCUCUCUUCGUGGCUGCCGGUAUUACCAGUGUGGGAUCGGUCGUGGUUGCGCUCUGCCUGCACUACCGUGUGCACUACAUGGGAGCGAUCAUUGGAUUUGGAAUAAUUACUGUGAGUAAUCAGAUUGGAGCAAAUAUGGGUAUGUCCUAUCCUAUCGACUGUUACCCAAAAUCCUCCGCCGAGGUGAUGGUGAGCGUCACCUUCUUGCGGUCGGUUGUGACGUGGAUCUGGAAUUGGUUCAUUAACGACUGGCUCGAGGCCUGUGGCCCCUUGGUGGUGUUUUUGUCGAUGGGGGCUAUUCAAGUUGCCAUUCAACUUUCGUGCUUAGGCUUCCUCAAGUGGGGAAAGACACUUCGCAUUGCUUUGUUCAAGCGCCACAUUCUCGGCGCUUAA